CGCUGCAUGCCAAACCUAUUAAUAGUCUGAUAAUGUUUGUCACGUGGAUAUAUUUUUAUAUUGCAUUACUUACAGUCCAUUUUGCAAGUAAUCAGGACUACUACUUGAUACUGUCCUUGUGUAUAAUAUCUAUCAAACUGAGAAACUAAAAUUAUUAACAAUGGUAGUUCACCAAAGACCUUAUCAACUUAAGAAAACCUUAACAUUGCUCUUCUGUGUCAACAAAGGUAUAUCACUGUAUGAAAGGUUGAAAUAUCUUCAAAGCUCAGAAAAAUUAAAGAUUGUCUACUGCAUAAGGUCAUGGAACGUUAUAUUACAUUCUGUAAUAAUAAAUUCUGAUAAGGUCCUAUUGAAGCCGUGGUCCGGACACAUAUUUUAUUAAAAUAUGAAUUUUUGAAUGCAACAUGGCACCGCUUGUUCACUGUCUUUUAGUGCACGGUGAUGUCCUCUAUACGCGGUCAUGAUUUAAAGCCCAUUUUGCAAAAAAAAUGCAAUAAAACCGACACGUAAAACGUUCACAAGUGUGCAAGGCAGUGGACCACUAAAUUUUGUAUAUUGUAUAAAAAUGAAGUGGUUUUUACCAUUCUUGCUACGAUAUAAUACAGAAUAAUGAUUGUAAUCACCAGAAAAGCAAUUGCAUUGUUAAUUACAGCGAGUAUAUCUUACAUUAAACUUUCAAUUAACAGAAAGAAAUAUUUUACGAGUUGCCGGUAAUGCUUUAUCACUGUAAAUUGAAUUUACAUAUACACCGAUAAUUACGAUAGACUGGUGAACGAAAUAUAAAUCGGAAACGGACAUUGCGACGUAAAUGUAUUCGAACCGUUCUAAAAGAGUGUCGUGUCGCCAUUUUGUUUCGGAAGUAAUUUCUUGGGAAAACCCUGCAAGAUAUUUUUCGAGAUUUUAAUGCCAUUUUACUAAAAUGCCUCAAUAUAUUCAGGUAACAGACGACGAAAAUGAAGAGGCUGUUGAAAUCCCAAGUGAAGAGGAUGGUACUCUUCUACUUAGCACAAUAUCCGGACAGUUUCCCAACGCCUGUGGAUUGAAGUACAGAAACCCACAAACUGGAAAUUUCCGAGGGAUACGCCUAAGUGAUAACAAGCUCCACCCACCAGACAACGGCUGGAAAAAUCAUACAUACCUCGUUGUUUUUCCAAAAGACAAGAAGAAAGGAGCUGUAGGCGAAGAUAUAAGCUUAAAGACUAGUCUCAGUGAAAAGAAAUGUAGUGACCUCAUCGUGUUAGGGCUACCUUGGAAGAGUUCUGAGGAAGACCUAAGAAAUUACUUCUCAAAGUUUGGUGAACUCCUGCUUGUACAGGUGAAACGAGAUCAAAAAACAAGCCAAUCGAAAGGCUACGGGUUUAUACGUUUCCAUAAGUAUGAAGAUCAAAUGAAAUGUAUGUCCCAGCGACACAACAUUGAUGGUAGAUGGUGCGAUGUUACCAUUCCAAACUCAAAUGAAGGUGCACACCAAAUGAUCAACCGUAAAGUGUUCAUUGCUAGAUGUACAGAAGAUAUCACAUCAGACGAUCUCAGGAAUUAUUUCUGUCAGUAUGGCGAGGUGGUAGACGUUUUCAUCCCGAAACCAUUCCGAUCAUUUGCGUUUGUCACAUUUUCGGACCCUGAAGUUGCUCACAGUCUUUGUGGGGAAGAUCAUAUAGUAAAAGGUGUAAGUGUCCAUGUGAGUUAUGCGGCACCAAAAGGAACAGACCGAUUUGGAGACAAGAAGGUUCAGCCAGGAGUUCAAAAUGGCCCUGUUCAACAAAGGGGAGGUAACUAUACACAGUUGGUGAAUCAUCAGGGGACUUGGCAGCCACACAAAAAUAACCAGAUUGCAAAACCAAUGGGCUUCCCUCCAAACAUGCCACCACAGGAUAUGAAUGCUGUUGGUAUUAACCUAUUCAAUUCUGCGAUGAUGGCAGCUGCACAAGCCAUGCUGCAGGGUCAGGGUGGUAACUGGGCACAUAUGACUCCUCCCCCUGGCCCGCCUCCGCAACAUCAUCAGCCUGUAGCCUCGGGUGAUGCAGGGGUUCCUCAAACUGCAGGUCAUGUUUACGCUGCACCACAGACCAGUACAGCCUGGGGAUGGGGUGGACAUCAUGCGACUGAGCCUCAGCCUGGGAGUUACGCUGGUUGGAGUGCUUCCAACAGACAGCAGCAGGGGUGGAGCUAAUAAAGGUGUUCAUGCAUGGGUGAAAGAGGUAACUGAACUGAAACUAGAAAAAAAAAUCAUACUCUUUUGAUUUUACCUCUAUGUAUAAUGUUAGAUGCUAGUCUUCCAAGUUGGUCAAAUGGGUAUUGCUCGGUCAUAGAUAUUUCAGAUGUAGACAAAGUGUGUGUUUUAAAUGCUUGAAACCUGUAAUUUGUAAGAAAAAUCUUUUUAAAUCAGUUUUCUAGUCUUGAAUUUACUGAUUUACCUAUUUAACUUGUCACUUUCAACCUUAAGGUUGCUGUCAGAGCCAUGCAACCAGUGCAGACCAAGGUCAGCCUGAACAUCCACAACAUCUGAUCAUGGUCUGCAUUGUUUGCUAUCCAGUCAGUGAAUAUUUUGAACUUUUCUAUGAAAAUGAUAAAUGGUUUGGUCCAGAUUUGAAAGAUGCAAAAUUCCAUUUAAGAUAUAUAGCGUUGAAAAGGUUAAUUAUUCAUGAUAAUACAGUUUCAGUUCAGGUACUUAAAAUUCCAGGGGUCACAUUCUGUUUAUUACUGGCAAGUAUUUUAAUAAGAGCCAAAAUGAAUUAGGAAAGUUAUAUGACUGGAAUGGGCUUAAUAUUGCAGUAUUGUGAGCCCUGGAAAUGCGUGUAAAUAGAGAACAAAUACUAUGAAUUCAAUUCAGCAUGGGUAGUUAAUACUUACAAUUUAUUACAUUUUAGAAUUUGUUGUUGUUGUACCCUUAUUAGAUAGAAUAGGCACAUCUGUUUGUGGGUUUUGUUUUAGCUGUUUUGUUGAAUUCAUAGUAUUUGUGGGAAUGAAUUUGUCAUGUACUAAGUACUGACUGUUUCAAAGCUUUUGUUCCUUAUUAAGCAGAGUGUGUUAUAGUCUUUUUGUUUUUCUUUGUUAAGAGGUAGUCGAUUUUUGUCUUGCACAGUAAACUUCAUAUAGCCAUCAUAUACAUGGUAAUUACUAUUUGACUCUGUACCUUUCUUUGAACUUAAAAGCUUGACCAGGUGUGGCAUUCUUAAGGAAGUUGAAUUCGGGGCCCUAAUUCUGAGUGCCCCGUUACUUGUAUGUGAUUUUUCUGAGAUGCAAGGUUUGAUAAAGAUAGCUUGUUUAAUUAAAUUAAGGUGGUGUUAACAUUGCAUAAACCUUUUGCAAGAAUGUAAUACGUGUCUUAGUAUAUCACAUGACUUAAUCUCAAAAGUGAGGAAUGCUUGUCACCCAAAUUCAAAUUGAAAUCACGAGUCAAUAUUCAUAGAAGCUUGUGCAAGACAAAAGUAGAUGAUUGUCAUGUAUCAAAUGAAAUUUUGUGUUCUUACAAUGCUAUUUAGUGCAACCACAUGAAAAUAGUCUUUCAGGAAUGAAACAUACUGAAUGGGAGAGCUGCUGUGUGAACCGUGUUGUUGUCAUCUAAUGACAUAGUUUGUUCUUGUUACAGAGAUGGUCACAUGUUCAUGUUUAAAGUAGCUAAUUGUUAUUUGUCAUACUGUGAAAUUUUAAACCUUACUUAAAGUGAUAGACUUUGCCAGAAUUUAGUUAAACAAAUGUAUAGUUUUGGGCAAGUUUUCUUAAUGGAUGUUCAAAUUACUGGUAAGCAAAAUUUCAAUUAAAAAAAAAAAAUAUGCUUUCAGACAAAACAUAAACACCAUAACAUGUUAGUGAUUUGGGUAAAAAUCCCCUAUAAAUUUCAAACAGUGGUAUAUUUGUCCGGCUACAUUACAUUUGGAGUCCGGUAGAGGAAAUACCGGCUAUAAAUAACCGACUUUUCUUUAGCCUCGUUUAAAAAAGGAAAUUUAAUGAUAAAAACAUAUCAUAUAGUGCGUUUCUGCAGUGAUAAAGUUAGUCAUUAUACAUAACAGCAGUCCUACUGCUGUGAUAGUCAAACUUUGUUAAUGUGAUAGAUGUACUUUGCUUAACUGAAGAAAAUAGAAUGUUAGAUGAUGCAUUGAAAUCAUAGGCUUAUGUAUAUUAAUUGUUGGCUGUUCGUCUGUUUCCAUCUCUGUGACAGUGCAUAGUGUGAUCAAGUUUUGUUUUACUAUAUUAUCACGUGAGAUUAGGCCAUAGAUACAAUGCUCAAGGACUUCGUGUUUUCUUUUUUUUUAUUGUCACACACUUCAGGAAUUUUACUCUGUGCCAAAUUGCUCGUGGUUUGGACGAUGCUUAAAAGUAUGUAGAAUGAGUGACGCUGAUGUGAUUCAAAACCAAAGUUAAAUAUUACAUGUUUUAUUCUUGUCAGUUCUUUGCAGUUGUAUGGCCUAGUCCCGAGGUUGUAAAAUUAUAAAAUCGAGACAAAUUCACCUCAUUGGUCGAUUUUGAAGGUUUGCAGUUUGAAAUGGACCAAUCAAGAUGCAGUAUUUAGAUCAGCUCACAUUUUAUAACCUUGGGCACUGGAUUGUUGCUAGACUUCAUUUUAUGUGGUUGUGUACAUUGUUAUAUAUAGAAAUAUAAAAUUAUAAUUAUGGAUAUGGUUUUAUUUGCUGAGAAAUUCAUUUCUAGAAAAUCACAUUCUGUGGUAAUUUAGCUUUAGGACAGGGACUUGUUAAAUUUUAGAAAAAGUUAGUCUUUGUAGGUGGGUAAAUGUUGUAAAAAAUGUAUUUCUUUCUCUCCUUCCUUAGCAAGUAAAGCCAUAUCUUAUGUAAAAUUUGAAUCCAUUUGUUGAAACUAUGUUAUGUUUGUCUAAAGACAAGUUUGGUAGUAUAAAAAAAACAACAAAAACUAUUAGCUGGUAAAAGUUAGUCAUAAUUGUUACUAAAAUAUUUAAAAGUGGAAAAUGUUUUAUAGGGAAGCCUUUGAAGCAAUUCAUCUAUCAAUGGCUAGUUUAAAUUCAGCCAUUCACAUCUUUCGGUAUAGUAAGAUAAAUUAACAAAUGUUGGUCUACAUGGACUAGACUGUAUUUGAAUUUGUGAAGAAAUCUAGAGGGCUUUAAUUGCCAAGUGGUUAAAGUUACUGACAUUGAUACACUUGCCACUUGUCACUGUUUGUCAACUCCUGCACAGGACUUUUGAUACUUGAUGCUCGGAAGAUAUCCAUAUAGGAUGUUGAUGGUUUUCUUUCACAAGUAAAACAGGAAAAUCACUAAGAUGACUGCUACAGUGUCAUUGAGACUUAAAAUCUUACAAACAAAAAAUGCAAAACAUGGCAAAAUGGAUUGUUGAAUUUACACAAGCUAUUGAUAGUCUUAAUAUUGGUGAACUUCUUUGGAAAAUGAUACUGUAGACAAUAGUUUCAACUGUGGAUUCAUUUAUUUAAAAAUACCUAUACUUAUAUUGUUAAAUUGUACAUAAUACCUUUUUUAUAUUGUAUAUAUUUGCUUAAAAUUGUUAAUAAUAAUGUACUCUAAGUGCUAUAUAAUUCCAUGAAGUUUUUACACUGAUCACCUAUUGGGCAGAAGUGACCUUGACCUGUUUCGUCAUCUUGUGUGUGAAAUAUGUUAGUUUAUCCAAGUAGUUAAUUAUUGUUAGAACUGGAAUGAGUCACUAUAGUUAUGGUUGAGGUUUACUUUUUUUUUUUUCGUUGUUGUUGAAAAUAAUGAAUAUUGUUCAUUUUUGUUGUUACCAUGGUAACAAAAGUGGUUAAUUAGGAAAGUGUCGAGGUUUAUGAGUAAGAAGAGAGUGGAUUUUUUUUUAUAUUAUUGUUAAAGGUGUUUCUUUAAUACAGAAAAGACUGGUAAUAUUAUAUGACAUUGAAAGUUAGUUCCUUGAAUACCCAUUUACUGUGAAGAUCUUGUAUGUGAAUGGAAUUUUUGUAAAAUGGCAGUUUCCAUGGUAACGGUAUAUGAUAUAUCUCAAAACCGUGAAAAAUAGCCACAUUUCUGUAAAGAAACACCUUAUACGUAGUAUACUGUAUGAUCAUUUAUGUAAGGUAAUGAAGUAGACAAAGAUAAAGGAGUGGGUCAAACUAUAUUUUUAUUGCUCAAAAAAGUCUGAGAGGGCGGGGCGAAAUCUGACGAGUAUGAAACUUGUAUUGUUGAAUAUGUUAUUGUUCCAUGAUCGUUUUAAGUGGACGGAGAAAGCAAUUUUCGUUUUACAUAUAUACAGCAUUUUGUUGUUAUUGAAAUUUGUUAUAUAUUUUUUUAUUCUGUUAAACAGAGAAACAGUUCUAGUCCUGCCAUAUUUUACUUUGCUAAUCAAGGUCAUUUCUGCCCAUACAGAUUAUUUUAUAGAGAUUUUUUUUUCAAACCACAAUUUGGUUCAUUUUUUUAACGAUUGUGGUUUUGAUAAAAAGUUUAUUUUUACACUGUUAAAUUUUAAGAGGAUGAAAAUAAGUAAACAGUAUGUGUCGUGAAAAGAUUAAGUCUUUUAUAAGAGAAGAACGAGCCGUGUUGAUGAGAACUUCUUUUUUUGU